GGAAACUUAUUACCACAGUGCACUAGUUAACUCCCUAGUGUUAGCAUCGAAAAUAGCGUUAAGAGUCAAGAAUUCGUGAGUCUAAGUCACCCAGCACGUAUUCCCUCUCUCCUCGGAAUCUUACAUCAUCACGUGAUUCACGCAGAUGUCAUUCUUAUUAAUAGACUAUGACGUCAUUACAAAGUCUAUACCACUGGAAAUUUUGUUUACUCGUAACGGUCAAUCUUGUCGCACACAUAAGACAAUCAAUUGCACAAGAAAAAAAAUCCGAAUAUUACGGCGUACCAUGUGUGGGUUAUAAACCGGGAGAGGACGAUCUUCAGACGUUAUUCGAUGUCAUCAGCCGUUACAGAUUGGAUUUCACUGAGAAACAAUAUCCGGGCAUCAGUCGUGUCAGGGGCACCACUCGCAUGCAGACCGCAUAUCGUAUUGACAGGGAUGCCAACCUGACGCUCUCCACAAGACGACUAUUUCCGAUCGGAUUGCCGCAGGAAUUCAGCUUCACGAGCAUAUUUAGAACUUGGAGAACACCACGUGUGGCGUGGCAUAUUUUUCAGAUAUCAAAUCGUCAGCGUAUUCCGGAAUUUUCCAUCGAAUUAAAUCCUAAAGGACGGACGCUGGAUUUAACUAUUGGAAGUUAUGACAAGCAUCCGCAGACCUUCAAGUUUGAUAAUGCCAAUAUUUUUGACACCAAGCAAUGGCACAAGCUUCAAGUCGCCGUAUUCCAGGAGAAAGCCGACCUCUACGUGGACUGCAAUCUCCUAGGAUCAAUGAAAUUGCGUAGUUGGUGGCCAAUAGACAUCGAUGGACAAAUAACCAUAUCCCGGACGGUUACAUAUCCUCAGACAGUGCCGAUCGAUCUCCAAUGGAUGAUCGUCGACUGCGACCCGACGAAACCCGAACGAGAACGAUGCGACGAGCUUCCGUUGAUAGUUUACGAGCAAAAGAGGACAACAUGUGACACCGUCUGUCCGGGAGGGCCUCCUGGCGCCAACGGAACGCAAGGGCCUCGAGGAUUUCCAGGGUAUCCUGGACCACCGGGUCUCAUGGGGCUCAAUGGACUGAAGGGCGAGAAAGGUGAAAUUGGCAUGGUGGGGAAGAAAGGAGACAGGGGAGACUCUGGACCACGAGGAUUCCCAGGAAUUCCAGGAGCUGAUGGUGUACGAGGGACUACGGGAUUACGAGGCCCCCCUGGACUGCCGGGCCCCAUGUUCGUGGAUGGAAAGCGUUUCGGAGAUAAAGGCGAGCCCGGAGAAAAAGGUGCACGCGGUGAGAGCGGUUUUCCGGGGCUUCCUGGAAUACCUGGAGCAAAAGGUGACAGCGGUGAUACGGGCUUGCCUGGACUGAGAGGCUUGACAGGACUCCAUGGAGAGCCGGGAUCGAUCGGGCCGAUGGGGCUGCCCGGGCAAAAGGGAGAACCAGGACGCGAUGGUAUACCGGGUUUAGUGUCAGGCAGUCCCGGCCGGACAGGACAAAAGGGGGAGCCAGGUCUUCCGGGAAGGGAUGGAUACCCAGGUAUAAAAGGCGACACUGGGUUAAGGGGCCCGCCGGGGACGAGGGGGGAGCCAGGUAUUCAAGGACCUAUGGGACUUCCUGGAAUGCCUGGGGAGCCUGGCUUUUCCGGAAACGAAGGGAUCAUUAGUGAGGAGGAGGUUCGCAGUAUUUGCAGACGAGUUUUGAGAGAAGAAAUUCAUGAAUUUAUGCCAGAACCAAUUUUCUCGAAAUACGGACUUCCCGGAGCAUCAGGUCUUCCCGGCCCUCCAGGUAAACAAGGGCCUCCUGGCGAACGGGGAUUCAGCGGUUUACCUGGAUCGCCAGGUGUGCACGGGUCGGCAGGGGCUCCAGGGGAGAAAGGCGAUAAAGGGGAAAGAGGGGGGGAGGGGCUCAGUGUCGAGGGGCCGCCGGGCCCCAGAGGUCUCCCAGGGCCUCAAGGGGAGGACGGUCCACCAGGGGCUCCAGGGGACAGGGGCAAGUCGGGACGCCCAGGCAUGCCCGGUAAAACUGGCCUCCCGGGUGCUCCUGGCUCGUGCGAACCCUACAAUUAUCCACUCGGAAACUACAUGCAAUAUCUACCGAGCGAAGAGAAGGGCUAAAAUUGAAAAAUCAAUGCGGAAA